AUGUAACAAGAUUCAAAUAGUUCUUUCGAAGUAACCACUGCUUAAUAGUAGUAUUAAGUUCCUCUGCAGACCAAUUAAUAACAAGGUUAUGGAUAAUCCAAUAACAAUUAUUCCUCCUAACCAUAGUAUCCACCAUAAAAUAUUAAGGUUUAAGGUUCUCCAUAUCCAGGUUAAUAAGAAUUGGUUGUAGUAAAUACUUAAAUGGGGAAUGCUACAUAAUCAUAACUCCUCUGUAAUCAAUCAAGAUUUCCUGUACCAUUGACAUGUCCUUAUUGCCAAAGAUAAGGAGCAACCAAAAUUGAUUAUUAAACAGGAUCUGGAACAUGGUGUUGUUGCUUCAUAUUAGCUUUAUUCAUCUGUUGUAUUUGCUGGGUGCCAUUUUUGGGUGAAAAAUGUAAAGAUGCAACUCACUCAUGUCCACACUGUGGAUAAGUUGUUGGUAUGUGUCCAUAUAAAGUGUGUGGAUGA